ACAUUCCCGACAUCCCCGACAACAUCAAGAACCUCAAGGCGCUUCAGGUGGCGGACUUCAGCAGCAACCCCAUCCCCAGACUACCUGGCGGCUUCACCCAGCUGAAAAACCUAACGGUGCUGGGACUCAAUGACAUGUCCCUCACCAACCUGCCUUAUGACUUUGGAUGUUUGGUGAACUUAACAUCAUUAGAACUGAGAGAAAACUUGCUCAAGGGACUGCCUGAAUCGGUCUCCCACCUUACAAAGCUCGAGAGACUUGAUAUCGGAGACAAUGAUAUUGAAGAGCUGCCACCACACAUAGGGGAUCUGCCAGCCCUGCAGGAGCUCUGGCUGGAUCACAACCAGAUCUCCCACCUACCCCCAGAGACGGGGCGCCUCAAGAACCUCCUGUGUCUGGACGUGAGCGAGAACCGGCUGGAGGACGUACCUGAGGGCCUAGCUGGCCUUACCAACCUCACAGACCUUCACCUCUCGCAGAACCUCAUUGAGAGCCUCCCAGAUGGCAUUGGGGCCCUCACCAAGCUCGCCAUAUUCAAGGUGGACCAGAACAGGCUCAUGACCCUUAACCCCAACAUUGGGAAAUGCGAAAACCUACAGGAACUCAUCCUGACAGAAAAUCUGCUUACAGAGCUCCCAGAUACUAUAGGCAAUCUCACAAAGCUCACAAAUCUUAAUGUUGACCGUAACAGAUUAAGUGAUCUUCCCCCACAAAUUGGGAAACUGGUCAACUUAGGGGUUUUGUCUCUCCGGGACAAUCGCCUGCAGUAUCUUCCACCAGAGACAGGCAACUGCCGUGAACUUCAUGUCCUGGAUGUUUCUGGCAAUCGGUUACAGUACUUGCCCCUGACUAUCACAGCUCUUAACCUGAAAGCAGUAUGGUUGAGUGAGAAUCAAGCCCAACCCAUGCUUAACUUUCAGACUGAGGUGGAUGAAGUCUCUGGCCAGGAGGUGUUGACGUGCUUCCUUCUCCCGCAGCAGGAGUACCAGCAUGAGAGUCUUGAGUACUGUGGUAUGGCUGGUAGCGAGGGCAGGCUGUACCGCACUGGCGACCUGAGCACCGAUAAUCUGACCGCCAUCGGCCCCGCAGUAAAUGAAUGGGCUCCUGAGGACGACGACAGCUACGGGCUCAACGAUCAGCUGGAGGUGUCAAGAGUCUCUGUGGUCAAGUUCAGGGAAGAACCCGAAACUGAGGACAGCAAAGAGAGCAACUUUGUGAGGCACAACACACCACACCCGCGAGAUCUCAAGGCCCGAGCGGAAAAACUCUUUGGCAAAGGAGGCAAGACAAGUGAUGGACCGCUGGUUACUGCCGGAGAGCUCAUGGACAAAGGAGAACCUUUCCGUCCGCAGAGAGCAAGCCCUCCACCACCUGUUACGGGACAAACCAAGCAAGAGGUGGUUGAGUUUGCAGAUGUUGAAAUACGGUCAAAAGUAUACCAGGAGGUGCGAAUAGAGGCAGAACCUUCUUCAACACAAGACACAGAGCCAGGAGAGUCCAGUGUGGACGACAACAGUCAGCUUGGUGGUGAGAAGCAUGUGGGCUUUGAACUGGAUGGGGGUAGUGUUGAGCCCAAUGAAGAAGACCAGGAGAACCACGAACGACCAAGUCGACUCCAAAGACGAGACACGCCACAUCACUUGAAAAACAAAAGGAUCAGCCCCUCCACAAAGAGUGCUGAUCUGGAGAAAGUUGCUUCCAUUAUUGCUCAGCCCCUGCGAAGUGAAUUGCGCAGACAGCAGGCCAUGCAGCGAGGAGAAGGCAGUGAAGGAGACAGUGUCCAUGACCAUCCUGGAUCAGGUUCCGAUGCUGAUAGUCGCUCCAUAGUUUCAGAAACGGGUCCCACAGUUGUUGUUGAGGUUAAAAAGUUUGAGGUUAAUGUGGAGCGAACCACAGGAGGCCUUGGGCUGUCAAUUGCAGGGGGCCAUGGGUCAACGCCGUACAAAGGAGAUGAUGAAGGCAUCUUCAUAUCCCGCGUUACUGAUGGGGGUCCAGCCCACAUGGCAGGACUGAGAGUAGGGGAUAAGCUUUUGAUGGUUAAUGGCCGAGAUGUUGAAGUUGUUGAUCAUUAUGAAGCUGUGAAUAUUAUGCGCGAAGCAGGCUCGCAGUUAAGGCUGGUGGUGUCACGAGAGGUCACAACUCUUGUUCCAGAAAAGAAGACUGUGAAAUUGGAGCCCAUAGCCAACCAUGUAGUUACCCAUAACAUCACAAACACUUCACCUCCAAGUAGUGUAUUGAAAGCUAGUCCCGAGCAGACUAUGCCACAGGAGAUUACUGCCAACCAUGUAGGGCUACCAGUAAAUGGACACACUGCAAUGGCAACGGUGAAUGGGGAGCAUACCAACGUCAAUGGAGAACCCAAUGGAGAAAUGGAGCACUAUGACAACGUCAACUCCCCAACGCAGAUCCUUACGGAGACCAUUUACACCACACUUAUGAGGGACCACAAUGGCCUGGGCUUCAGUAUAGCUGGUGGACGAGGAGCUGCUCAGUUCAAGUGUAUUUGUUUACAGGCUAUAUAUAUAUCCAGAAUAACAGAGGGUGGAGCUGCAGCCAAAGAUGGAAAGUUAUUGGUUGGGGAUAGAGUUAUAUCUAUUAACGGUGUCGAUCUGGAUGGAGCUCGUCAUGAUCAGGCAGUUUCAAUGUUAACUGGCCUUGAAAGAUUUGUUCGUUUGGUUGUGCACCGUGAGACUCUGGUUCCUGCUGGUCAAGGGAACAAUAACAAUAAUAACAACACUAAAGCAUCUCCACGUGUAUUUGGGGCUCCUCGCCCAUACACAGGCCUGUACAGUGCUGGUUCCUACAUGGCUAACAGACCAAGCUACACAGGGUACAGACGUGCUCAGCCAGGUGGCCGGAUAUCAGGCUCAAGUUUACCAGAUACAAAUCACAGCACCACAGGGAGCCCUGGUGCAUCCCCAUCCAUAGCAACCAAGCAGCCACAGCAGAUGGGUGGAGGAGUCAACACGUCCACUGCUCCCAGCAACACCGCAGAAAGCUUCCCUACUGGUACCACCCAGGUAUCCAGCAACAGACCUCUCACUAAUGACGAUUUUCAGGCUAUGAUCCCACAGCACUUCCUCCAGGGAAAGGCACGGGAGGAAGCCACUCCUGGUGUGCAUGUGACUGUCAACUUGCCAACAGAGGAUACCCCUAUGGGGAUGGCUUUCCCUCCACCCCCUACCAAGUUAGGGAAAGUUACGGAGAGUAUCACCAAGUCCACCCUGACUGAGACGGUGUUAACGCGGAUUACUGACAACCAGUUAGCAUCAGUGCCAUUGGUGGUUGAGGAGGUACAGUUAUUCAAGGAUGGAGGACCAUUAGGCUUAAGCAUUAUUGGUGGAUCAGAUCAUUUUUGUGUUCCGUUUGGCACCUCACCAGAUGACCCAGGGAUAUACAUAUCAAAAAUCACUGCAGGUGGAGCGGCACACAAAACUGGAAAGCUCCGAAUGGGGGAUCGUAUUCUUGCUGUUAAUGGGACAGACAUGAGUGGGGCGUCACAUCAAGAAGCUGUCAUGGCCCUCCUGAAUCCACCCAAUGAAAUUGUCCUAACUGUUCGGCAUGACCCGCAACCAAAGGGACUAAAGGAGGUGAUCAUCAAGAAGCUGGUGGGCGAGCGUCUGGGAAUGAACAUCAAAGGCGGAGUGCAAGGCUCCCCAGGAAACCCCCUGGAUAAGUCAGACGAGGGCGUCUUCAUUUCUAAAAUUAACUCAAAUGGAGCCGUGCACAGGGACGGCAGACUGAAGGUUGGACAGAGGGUGUUGGAAGUGAACGAGAACUCCUUGUUAGGCAUCACUCAUGAAGAAGCUGUGAACAUCAUGCGGGGGGCUGGCUCCGUAAUCAGACUGAUUGUAUGCGAUGGCUAUGACUAUCAGCUGGUUCAGCAGAUGAAGGCCGAGGGCCGCCUGGGCCACGAGUCCCGCAGCACCAGCCAAAGUGUCACUUCCCUUGAUAAAGAGGAACGUGAAAAUCCUACACAACCCCAUGAUGCAUCUUCGCUGCAUGGAGACUCUCCCAGUGAGGCAUCAUCAGCACAACUACCACCACCGCCUGCCCAGUCACCAUCUCCUCCCCACCAAACACCCUCCCCUCAACUCACACUAAAAUCCCAAACAACUUCGCCAUCACCCCAACCGCUGCCACGCUCCUCGCACCCGGCACACAAGCAUGAGAGGGUCCCCACCCCUGAUCCUGAGAGAGAGCUGAGCACCCCUGACACAGAUGAUGAAGUGGGGCAUGACACGCCACUUCCCCCGCACCUCUCUGCUCCCCUCUCUUCCAAGGAAAAAUCCACUCCAGAAAUUGUGAUGGAGGUUGUAAGAGCAGCAGAACAGCUGACAUCUCGCCCACCGUCUCAGAACUCAGCAGUUGUGCCAGGGUCUCCGCUGGAACGGAAAACUUCGGCUGAUAAGAAAACUACUGUUGUUUUGGCCAAGCACACUCUUGCUCCACAGACUAGUACACAGGUGGAAGAGGCACCCAGUGAGGUCCCAAGGACAAAGAGACUGCACCAAAAGAAAACAAGAAGUUCUCUUUCCUGAGCCAGGAUGAGGUCGCCAAGAUGAAAGAGGAUGAAGAUCGUCGUGUAGCAAGUAUGACAGCCGACCAGCUGGCCAACCUCUCUCGCCUUGAUGACGUGGAAGAAAUGGCUGAUGACUUGGCACACCAGUUCGGUGUCACCAGCGAUUACGACCACCGAAAGUACAACGAGCACGACAUCAUUCAAGGACUCAAGGAAGUUGGAGACGAUAAUGCUUUGAGACCGAACAGUGAGGUAGGAGUCAUCAGGACAGCGAAAGCAGAGAGACGAGCCCAGGCCCGAGAGGGUCAUCAUAACAAUGAAGAGGAUCAGUUGUCUCCGGCCGACAAACGAAGAGCAGAGGCUGAAAAAAGAGCUGCAUGGAGGCAGGCUCGACUCAAGAGCCUUGAAAAUGAUGCAUUGCAAGCUCAGUAUGUAAUUGAAAAAUACAGUGAAUUAUCUGAUACAGCUAAUGAUAACACUAAUAAUGACAACUCAAUUAAUAACUUCAACAACACGGACCAAGAGAAUAACAUGCCCAGUGUGGGUCGCAAGUGGUCCAAACUGAUAGUGGUCACCAAGCCAAGUGAGAAGACCAUAGCUGAGAGAGACCGCGUCGUGUCUGAGAAAGUUUCGCGCAAGACUGUACCCAUUGUGGACCCCGACACUGGGAUUGUGAGCGUGCAGACCACGGAGACCGUUGAGCGCAUCAUAGAGCGUGAGGUGGAGACUUGUCGGGAGACCUUAAUGACUCUUUCUCUGACUGACUGCGAAAAUGCGAACGCGAAUUCGGAUGAGAUAAUGAAAGCAGCAACAAAAAUGAAUGAUGGGGGAGACGAAGCACAUGAGACUGGAGGACAGAGAGCUGGUGAUAACCAGGACAGCCACAGAAAAAAGGUGAAGGCCACCGAGUCCCUGGAUGAUGGUGUAGAUUCUGCUGGAAACUCAACUGAUGACCAGCUUGCUACCGAUGGGGCUACCAUGUCAACGGAUGACUCGGACCAUGAUGUUUCCACACCUCUACCUCAGACAACUCCAGAUGAAAAUGCUAAUAGUAAAUAUUAAAGGGGUAUUCCAUUCACGUUCAGUCUGCGUCUUAAUAUAAAAGGAAAAAAGGAAAAAUUAUACUCCAGUUGUGAUUUGAUUGUAUAAAAAAAUGCUAACAAUCUUCAAAGGACUUAAUCCUGCAACUCUUGGGAUGUCAUUAAACUAUGGUGAUCUAAAACUUCAAGCAGUAGAAUGUGAAUGUUAUGUGGAACAGUGACAUGGUCAGUGAUUGUGUGCUUGAAGGAGUAUACAUAUCAUAGCUUUUUUCUGUGUGGUCCAGUUGGAAAAUGGUUCCUGAUCAUGAAAAUUUAAUGUAUCAGUCACAUUUCGUGCAGAAAUGAAAGGGUUA